UAUUUCAUGGAUGGAAACAUGGAAGCUACCAGCAGUCAAGGAGUGGCUGACUUCAGUUGGAUUUGCCCAGAAGAGGUCCUGGAACAAGACUGAGAAAUGAAGAAGGGAGAAAGUGGUAAAAUGCUCAUCAGUGAAAGAGCCUACUGUUGGCCAAGAGGAAUCGUUCGAAGUAGAUCUGAAGGAAAUUUGAUUGACAUGGAAGCCUCAAAACUCUCAAAAAAUCACAUUACAGUGUGCCAAGGGCUGGGCUUGCCUCACAACUGGCCAGCCACUUCUGCUCUCUGUAGAGACAGAGAUGCCAAAGCGACAAAUCCGUUCUGGAGUGAGCUGUCUGCCUCAAACCCAUUCCUGGAUGACAUCACACAGCUAAGAAAUAACCAGAAGAGAGAUAAUAUGUCCAUCUUGAAGGAAGAUCCUUUUCUUUUUUUAAGACAAAUAGAAACAGGAAAUUCGUUUGAUUCCUCUGGUGAUGAACUGGGCAUGGACCAGGUGCUUAGGCCUUCUUCCUCAAGGAAGUCAGGAAGGUCUAAGAGUGUUUCAGAACUGCUGGACACCUUAGGUGAUAUGACACACACUCAUCCAAGUAUAAAUAGCUCUGACCAGAUCCUAAUACAAGACUUAGAAUGGCUUCAGAGUGACCGAGAAGCAUAUAAGAUGGCUUGGCUAAGUCAGCGUCAGCUGGCCCGCUCUUGCCUGAAUCUGAAUACAAUUAAUCAGAGUCCUGGGUGGGCUCAAACACAAAUUGCAGAGACCAUUGCAGUUUAUAAGUUAAAUCACCAAGGAGGGUCAGUCCAGUUACCUGACGCGGAUAUCACCGUUCAUGUACCCCGAGGACACGUAGCUGUAGGAGAAUUCCAGGAGGUAUCUCUGCGGGUGUUUCUGGAUCCUCCACCAAAGCUGAACCAUGACCUCUCCUGUACGGUAAGCCCUCUGUUGGAAAUCAGGUUAAGCAACCUGAAUACCAUGGAAGCUAUUUUGCUGGAGAUGAAAAUUGGGGCAGAAGUGAAAACAGAUCCUCUGAGCCAAGUCAUGACAAAAAUGGUGUGUUUAUACAGCCUGGACAAAGAAGGUCCUUUCCAAGCAUUGAAUAACUGCUACAUCUACAAAGACACCAUCCAAGCAAAGCUCCUUGAACUGAGCCAGGUAAUGUACAUAGUCAUAGCUGUGCAAGCUAAGACCAUUCAACCGCCAGCUACUACUAUUUGGGAUUACAUCCACAAAACCACCUCCAUUGGAAUUUAUGGACCCAAAUAUAUCCACCCAAGUUUUACUGCUGUCUUCACAGUUUGUGGACACAACUAUGUGCCAGCAAAGUUUACAGUCUCUGACAUUAAGAAGGGUGGAAAAAGCACAUCUCCAGUCGUAUUUCACCUCUGGGGGAAGCAUUCAUUUUUACUUGACAAGCCACAAGAUUUAAUUAUUUCAGCUUUUUCAUGUGAUCCUGACUUUGAAGUAAAGGCAGAGAGAGAAAGAAAAGUAAUUUCACAGAGGCAAUUGGAAGCAGGUGUGGUAGUUCAUCAACAAGUUUUCUUUUCUUCAGUUGACCACAGAGAGAUGCACUUGUUUGUUUUCCGGGUUCAGGUGGAGCCCUCCGAUGGAAAACCAGUGACACAGUUCUUUGUCACUUCGCCUGAUCCACCUCCAAAUCUAAAAAGGCUCUCAUAUCUGCCAGGCUUUUCCCAGAAGGAAAGAGACGGACAGAAAACGCCUUUAUUAUUGACAGGGCUUGUUAAGUACCCUACUUUCCAAGAUAAAAAAUUGAACUUUACCAAUUAUGGGGUCACACUGAAGACAGUAGUGAGGCAAAGUAAGAUUGACUAUUUACUUGAGUAUCUAAAAGGGGACACAAUUGCCCUUCUUGGAGAAGGUACAGUAAGAGCCAUUGGACAAUCCAAAGUGAAAGAAUGGUACGUAGGAGUCCUCCGAGGUAAAAUCGGCCUCAUUCAUUGCAAAAAUGUGAAGGUGAUUUCCAAAGAACAAGUGAUGUCUAUAUCUGAUAGCGUUUUGACAACCAAGAACCUUCUGGAACAAAUUGCUUUGCCAUUUAAAAAUCUGACUUAUAUAUACUCUGUUGUAUUGACCCUGGUGUCAGAAAAAGUUCACGACUGGGAAGUUUUAGCUGAUGUCCUGGGCUACUCACAUCUGGUACAGGAAGAUUUUGAUAGGAUCCAAGCAGACAAGGAAGCAGAAAGGGUUUCUUAUGUUGUUAAGAAGUUGAAGGAAGAUUGCCAUGAAGACAGAAACACCAAGAAGUUCCUUUAUGAACUAAUUGUGGCUCUGCUAAAAAUGGAUUGCCAAGGGUUGGUGGCACAUCUUAUCCAAGAGGCCGUUAUUCUGACUUCAGCUGUCAAGCUCGGAAGAGGCUGGAGGGAACUUGCUGCGAAAUCUGCAGGACUCACUAAGCAUCAGAUGCAGGCAUACGAAAUUCCUCACCGAGGAAAAUCUGGAGAAGUUUCAGCUGAGACGAUGUGGAAACCUGCCUAUGAUUUCCUCUAUUCAUGGAGUGCUCAUUAUGGAAAUAACUACAGAGACGUGUUACAAGACCUUCAAUCAGCUUUGGACAGAAUGAAAAACCCUGUCACCAAACGGUGGAGAGACUUAACUGGAACCUUAAUACUAGUAAAUUCUUUAGAGGUUUUGAGAGUAACUGCUUUCACUACUUCUCAGGAAGUAUAAAAUGAAGCAAGUUUGUUGAGCAAGGAGAAUGGUAAGGGGGGAAAGUGUGUGUGUGUGUGUGUGUGUGUGUGUGUGUGUG